AUGCGUGAAUUACUCGCUUUCCUUGCAAAGAAGAUUAGAGAGAACGUCGAAACGCCUUCUCAAACGACCUCACGAAAACCCGCUUUUUCCUCGAGAUCAGUUACUCAGACUCCUGUCAUGGAGAACGAAGGCAUCAACGAGCGCGAAGUCAUCACCUGGUUUUAUUGGAGAGUUGCACACAACAUGACUAAGGCUGAGUUAUGGUGGAAGUUAUUGACUUUAGCCUUUGAAGAUAUACAAAAACCAUCACACCCAGCCAUCCGCUAG